AUGCAUCCCGACUCUCAAUUAAAGAAAGCUCUCGCGAAAGGAUUCGAUCCCAAGUCUCUAUACGAUCCUAACUUGGAUCAUGUGGACGAGCCAGUUCGUUCAAUCUUGCAGGAUUACAGCAAAAUCCCAGCGGAUAGGAUUCUGCAACAUGUGCAAGAGUUGAGAGACCGGGCAUUUGCCAUUUUCCCCUACGCAUGCGUUGGGAAAUUUUCCUUCCUUCAACUAAGCAUUGCGUCUUCCCCAUGCUACCCUGAGAUGCUCGACCGUGUGAAGAAUGGAGAUAAGCUGCUCGAUCUAGGGUGUGCCUUUGGUCAAGAGCUACGGCAACUGAUCUACGAUGGGGCCCCAUGCAGCAACCUAUACGGAUCUGACCUACGCCCCGAGUUUUUGGAGCUGGGCUACGACCUCUUCCUUGACCAUGACAAAAUGGGAGACCAGAUGAUCAGCUCCGACAUUUUGGACCGCAACUCCAAUUUGAUGGUUCAAUUAAGUGGUCAGCUGAACAUCGUGUACGUCUCCCUGUUCCUCCACGUCUUUGACUGGGAAACGCAGGUAGCAGUGGCCAGAAAUAUUUUUGACCUGCUCGCCGCUAAGCCUGGAUCUCUUCUUGUAUGUCGGAUUGUGGCUUGCCGGGAUCAAGACCUAGUGAAUGCCACUCAGGCACGGAUGCCCUACUAUUAUCACGAUGUGGCAAGUUGGGAUCGUCUAUGGACCAAGGUUCAGGGGGAUACUGGUAUCUCACUUGAGGUGACAAACUGGGAGCAGCCUGAUGAGCUGGCAGCAAAGCACCCUAUCGAGGGAAUCUACAUCUUGGGAUCUUCAAUCCGGCGCCUAUAG